CUAUCACAGCAGGAGGGGACGCCAGUGCCUGCAGAGGCUGAGCAGGGAAAAAGCCAGUGCCCCAGCGGAAGCACAGCUCAGAGCUGGUCUGCCAUGGACGUCCUGGUCCCACUCCUGCAGCUGCUGGUGCUGCUUCUUACCCUGCCCCUGCACCUCAUGGCUCUGCUGGGCUGCUGGCAGCCCCUGUGUAAAAGCUACUUCCCCUACCUGAUGGCCGUGCUGACUCCCAAGUGCAACCGCAAGGUGGAGAGCAAGAAACGGGAGCUCUUCAGCCGGAUAAAGGGGCUUACAGGAGCCUCCGGGAAAGUGGCCCUACUGGAGCUGGGCUGCGGAACCGGAGCCAACUUUCAGUUCUACCCACCGGGCUGCAGGGUCACCUGCCUAGACCCAAAUCCCCACUUUGAGAAGUUCCUGACAAAGAGCAUGGCUGAGAACAGGCACCUCCAAUAUGAGCGGUUUGUGGUGGCUCCUGGAGAGGACAUGAGAGAGCUGGCUGAUGGCUCCAUGGAUGUGGUGGUGUGCACCCUGGUGCUGUGCUCUGUGCAGAGCCCGAGGAAGGUCCUGCAGGAGGUCCAGAGAGUCCUGAGACCGGGAGGUGUGCUCUUUUUCUGGGAGCAUGUGGCAGAACCAUAUGGAAGCUGGGCCUUCAUGUGGCAGCAAGUUUUCGAGCCCACCUGGAAACACAUUGGGGACGGCUGCUGCCUCACCAGAGAGACCUGGAAGGAUCUUGAGAACGCCCAGUUCUCCGAAAUCCAAAUGGAACGACAGCCCCCUCCCUUUAAGUGGCUACCUGUUGGGCCCCACAUCAUGGGAAAGGCUGUCAAAUAAUCUUUCCCAAGCCCCAAGGCACUCAUUUCCUCCUUCCCCAGCCUCCAAUUAGAACAAGU